AUGUCACCAAGCACACAACCCAAGAACUCAAAACCCGAGCUUACCCCUGAACCACCCAUCAAACAUCGGAGCGAACGCAGCAGAAAGCUUCACAACGCCAAGAAGAGGUAUGCGAGAGAGCUUCCCACUUUGGCGCAGGAGUGUAUGGAGCUUGGUAGAGAUGCAGGUAGAGCUAACGACAAGACCAUGACCCAGGAGAGAAGAGCCGAGGAGAAAGAUAACGUGCCCGCAGAGACAUUGUCUGACCUUAGCAUGUGGCUGGCCACUCGGAGACGACGUAUCUACUAUAAGGUGAUUUAA